AUGACUAGUAUAGCCAAAAAUUCAUCGACAAAUUCAUUUGGUUUUUCAUCAUCAAAAAUCUUAGCAUCACAAUCAACAUGCAAUAUUUGUAAACGUCCUUUCAAUGAUUAUGAAGAACUUGUUCGUUGUAGCAACUGUCAGAGUUCAUCUCAUCAACGUUGUAUAGAAUCUAAGACAACAACUUACGAUGAUGAUAUUGAUAAUUAUAUUUGCGAUAAAUGUAAUAAUGAUACAAUAACGAAUUCAUCUCAACAAUUAAAAGCAACUAAUUCAUUGGAUAAAAAUUAUCGAGAUUUUGCCGCUAUACCAUCGAAAACAUUAUCAACAGAAACAAAUGUUGGCAAUGCUAUUCGGUAUUUCGAAAGAAAACAACAAGAAGCUGUAACACCUACAACACCUACAACACCUACAACAACAACACAAUUAAAUGAACUUGAUCGUUAUCUUCCACCAAAUAUUAAUGAAAUUGAAUAUCAGCAUCAUAAUGGUCAAGAUAAGAGUGACAGUAGAACAUCUCAACGAAUUCAACAACAACAUAAUGAUAUAGGAAGUGACGAGGAAAACGAUUCAUCAGCAAUGUUUCAAGCUAAUUAUCAAUAUACUCCACUUAAAGAGUAUGCUGCAAUGCGAAAUAAUCGAUUAACAAGUGAUCAUAAUGUUCUUAAUUAUCAAACAUCUCCUUCCGAUCAUCAAAUAACAUCACGUUACGGCGGUGGUCUACAAUAUACAAAUCAUGGUUAUGAUCCAACAGUUUCACGUCUUGUUGAACCUCCUUCAAGUGCUUCAAUACAUAUAAUAUCUCCAACAAUGAAUCAUCUAUCAAAUCAAAAUCAUCAACGAAAUUUUAUUACUACAACAAACUUACAUAUUAAUGAGAUAGCUCCUCCUCGUCAACAACAACCAUCACCACCACCACCACCGUUGACUUCUUCAAGUCAAUCAACUCCAUAUUCAUCUCAAGUUCAUGAUACUGAUACACCAAUAGUGGUAUCUCCACCUCAUCAACAUCAAAAUGAUCGUCAUUCAACUGUUGGUAGUGAUUCAGGUAUUAUUAUAACUAAUUCAAAUACACAAAAAUCAAAGGAAAAUCCUGAUGUAGAAAAAAAAUUAACUAGUCUAAUUCAACAAUUAGGCAAACAAUUAGAAAAUGAUGCACAAAAAAUCAAUGGAAAAUUAGAAUUAAAAUUAAAAAAUUUAGAAAAUAUGAUACAUCAACAAACACAUAUUAUUCAACGACAAGAUGAAGUUAUUGAACGUUUAAAAAAUAAAAUACUUGAAAUUGAAACAGAUCGUAAUCAAUAUCAUGAAAAAUUAUUAGAACAUGGACAGAAUGAAACGAAAACUUUUAUACCGAAUGAAAAUGGUCGAACUCUUACUCAAGAUAGUACCGUUACACAAAGUACUGAAUCAACUAGAAAAUAUUCUAUUACAUCAACACUUACAUCAGAUUCUAACAAGAAACCAAUAAAAAAGGUUCCAGCACCACGUAUUGGUCAUCAAUGGUCAGCUACAAGUGAUGAAAUUAAACCAACAGUAUCUAAACUUAUAACAAAUACUUCGACCAAUCGACAACGAAUACCAUCUGAUUCUUCCUCAGUUCCAUCAACAAUAGAUAAAGUAACUUCAGUACCAUUAGUAGAAUCAUCAGCGGCAUCAAGUCGUCUUGAUAAUAUAAUUCAUCCACCAGAUACAAAAGAUGUUAAUAGUUCAUUAUCGUCAAAUUAUAGUUUAGCUCAAGUUCGUCGUCAAGAUCGCCCACAAAAUGUUGAACCUAUUUCAAUGGCACAACAACAAGUUAUAACAAGUGUUCAUCAUGAAGCAAGUGAUGAUGAUGAUGAUAAGAGUGUUGAUGCUCCAAAACCAAAACGAUUCGAUUCAUCAACGAGUUCAUCCAGUUCAUCAACUCAGCCUAUUUCAACAUCUAAUACAACAAGACAACCACCACCAGCAACGACAACAACAUCAGCAGUAAAUCGAAAUGCCAAUGUUCAUCGUAGUUUUGAAUCAUUACAAGCUGUAUAUUCAAAUGAUCAACAAUCAAACGUAAAUAAUCGAACAAAUUCACUUGAAUUUGAUACAAAACCGGUGCAAUAUAAUGAUUCAAAAUCAUCAAUCUAUAUAACACCUGUUGAAGCAAGUCAACCGGCUAUUCAAGCUAAUAGUAUUGUUAAAGGAUGGCUUCGAAAACAAAAUCGAGAUUCAUUUCUCAAACGAAUUGAACGUUAUUAUUGUAUUCUAACAAAUGAUGCUCUUUUAAUGCAUCGAAAUGAACAUGAUCGAACACCUGUCAAAGCAAUUAAUCUUAAAGGAGCAAAAGUACAUUAUUAUGAUGAUGCAAGACAUGGUCCAUCACUUGAAUUAAGCUGGUCAAGUCAAUUGAAUGAUACUAAACAUUACCAUUUCUAUGCACCUAAUCCACAAGAAGCUGAACAAUGGGUAUCUGGUAUUCAAACAACUAUAAACAAUGUGAAUAGCAAGAAUCAAUGGGAAAAAUAUCGAUUAGAUAACUAA